AUGGGGCCCUCCAGCAUCACUAUGGGGCCAAAUUCUGGCCACCAAAGCUCAUUUCUGGAGUCCCAAGCCCUCAGCGGCGACGUUGAUGCGCGGGAAGAAAACCAGAGGACGCAGCAUGGAAUUGUUGAUGCCUCCAUGAUGAACACCGUAAAUGACGAGCAACAAUCAGACGACUCGGUUUCAGUGUAUUCCAUCGCUCCUUCUUCUCAUUUGCAACGCGAUUCAGGUACAAUUCUCGCUGUGAAGGGGGCCGAUACAUCUGAGACUGGGUUACAAAUCAGUCGUCUCAUGGAUGAGCUAUCAUCUUUGCAGGACCAAGUCUCCAUGUUAGAGAAGCAAGCCAAAGACGAAGCAAAAGAAGCUGAGAAGAAGUUCCAUAUAAUCCGAAGCUGUUUACGAUCAUCAGCAGAUCCUCUACGCCUACAGUCUGAGAACAAUCUGCUCUCCGAAUACAAGUCACACUUUGAGUCAAUGAAAAUGGACUUGGAUGCUAUUACACAGAAGCAGGCCCUUGGUAUUCCAAACAAGGAAAUCGAAUUCAAGAUGAACGUGAUCGAAAACGAAAUCAGUCAAAUGAGUUUGCAGGUGUUUAUGUCGACAUCAGAGCCCAGGGCAGUAUCAAUAGACCCGCAACAUUGGCACUCCCACACCCAAAUUGCGCGUCUCAUGGAGCGUAUAGCUCCUUCGAGUACCUGGAGCUUGCUUUCACGCAGCACUUGCCUUCCAUCUUCAGAUUUCCUCCGGUCGCUGAUUGCCGCGAGCGUCUGCGUUCACGUUUUCGACGCUCCCGUAUUCAGCUCUCUUAUGGACUCCACGUUACUUCAUAACUUCUACAAGAUCAUUUUCAGAAUGACGAAAGGCAAGUUCUUCAUUAGGACCUGGUGA